GGGAUCAACAUGGCGGCCAACGUAACAGCUGCGGCAGCAGGUGUGGUGGGGAGACAGGUGCUGUUCGGCUGGGUGGACUACGUGGCGUUCGCGCUAAUGCCCGCUCUCUCCUUGGCCAUAGGCCUCUACUUCGGCAUCUGCGGCCGCGCCAAGAACACUGCCAAGGUGGACUACCUGCACGGCGGCAAGACUAUGAGGGUGCUCCCCGUCGCCAUCUCGCAAAUAUCGAGUCACGUAUCUGGUAGCACGCUGGUGGGUGUACCUUCAGAGAUCUACUUGUACGGUAGUGUAUACACUUGGAUUUGCCUGAGUGUCAUUCUGUUCUCUAUCGUCACCAACUUCGUCUUUCUCCCAGUCUUCUUCGAGCUACAGCUCACAUCAACUUACGAGUACCUGGAGCGCCGCUUCAGCAGAAUAAUCCGUGUCCUGGCGUCGGGCUUGUUCACACUCAACAUGGUGCUCCACCUGCCACUCUACCUCUACACGCCAGCCAUCUGUUUCAGCCAAGUAACUGGAGUCAGCGUCCACUGGAUCACGCCUGUCAUCUGCGUGAUGUGCAUUUUAUACACUAUGUUGGGCGGCCUGAAGGCGGUGGUGUGGACGGACUUCCUGCAGAGUGGCGUCACGCUGAUGGCCUUCAUAGCGGUGCUCGUCUUCGGGCUGGUGGGCGCCGGCGGCUUCUCGCAGGUGUGGCAGGCGGCCAGCGACGGCGGGCGCGCCGACUUCUUUGUGAUGACCCCGGACCCAUUCGUCCGCAACUCCUUUUGGACUGUGGUGGUGGGUGCUACAGUUUCCUGGGUAGGAGGAAUCGCUGUCCACCAGGGGAUGGUACAGAAGUUUCUAUCUCUGCCCAACAUGAGAGCUGCUCGGAAGUCUCUGGCGGGAUUCACUUUUGGUAUGAUCCUGAUACACCUUAUAAGCAUAUUCUGCGGAUUUUUGCUGUACGCUGAUUAUCAAGACUGCGACCCAAUUAAGACGAAAGAGAUAUCUCGUCCAGACCAGCUGCUACCCUUCUACGUGAUGAAAGUAGCUGGACACGUGCCAGGAUUGCCGGGACUCUUCGUCGCUGGAAUAUUUGGAGCCGCUCUUAGUUCCAUGUCUGGUUGCCUUAACGCACUAUCUGGGACCAUCUACGAGGAUUUCCUGCUACCCCUGAUGCCUGGCAGGAAGUCGGACGUCGUGGUGAACCUUAUAAUGCAGGGCAUCGUGCUGGUUGUGGGCGCCAUCACCGUUGCGUUGGUCUUGGUCGUCGAGAAACUGAGCACCAUACUUGAGCUGGGAUACAGUGUCAGCGGCGUCAGCAAUGGAGCACUGCUGGGACUCUUCUCGUUUGGCAUGCUGGUACCUUCGGCGAACACCAAGGGUGCUCUGGUUGGCAGUCUGUUGGGUAUGGCGGUGGUGGCAGUCAUUAUGUCAGGGGCUCAGAGCGCCCACGCCAUGGGCCGCAUGAGGUACCCCUCGCUGCCUACCUCCGUCGAAGGCUGCCCUGACAACUUCACAUCGGUCAUCGAAACCGUCACACCGUCAAGUACUCCAAGCCCAGUGACGGACGAGGUGCCACUGUUGUUCCGGCUGUCGUAUCUGUACUACACACUGGUGGGCGCCGUCGUCAUGGUGACGGUGGGCUGGGCGGUCAGCCGGCUGACGGGUCCCCUCAAACCAGGGGACGUGGAGCCGUCGCUGCUGGCGCCUAUGGUCCGGCCCAAACACCUGCGCCGGAAAAACUGCGCCGUCGACGCCGACCCGGCGGUCCGAGUUGAGCUGCUCCAGCAGGCGAAGCAGCAACCCGAGACACACGGAGCGGCCUAAUGUGUCAACACACGACGACGAGGAGGCGGCAACCUCGCCGAGGGCUCCGAUACUCUGCCAGCCGUUUGCCUGACAUGUGGUCGUUAAUACAUCUCUGAGUAACUGGUUCGCAUCUUACACGCAGGAGUAAUUAUAGUUUCCUCUGUGUUCCAAACAGAUAUCUAUUGAGCUACGACGUUUCUACUUACCGAACACACUGCUGACCCUUUUAUGCAGACAGUCUCAAAUAAAAUUUUGUGUAGAACCAAACUGAGAAAAAUAUACCUAGCAAAUAUUGUUCAGAUACCAGGCGACUGGCUUUCUUAUAAAGGUGCUAGUUACGAAGAAACGAACGGCAGUAUUCAUUUUUAAACAGGAACGUCUACUUUUCAUUUGGAAAUCCGCUUCCUCUCCUCAAGACGCGUUUAACAACAUAUAACAGUGUACUAUGAUAUUACUAAAGAUUUUCCUCUAAUACACUAUCACGCAGUGCGGCUACCCAGCGUAGCGUAAAUCGUCCACUUCCUGCAGCUGACGGUGAACAAACAUUAUUACAAAGAGCGGAAAAAUACUGGUAUCGGAUCAAAAGAGGUGAAUAUGCUCCUUUUUAUUAGGAGACUCCAGCUAAAAAGUGAGGUGCCAUUCCACCCUCCUCAGCAUUUUCAAAAUUUUGGCAAAAAUAUUGGCAUGCGAACAUAUUCAUGUUGUUUUUAGCAUCCAACUCACCUCUCACUCCCGAUAGCUGUCCUAACUGUAACUCACUCACAUCCACUAGUCAAUCGCUGUAAGUUUCUCAUUCUCAUUCACUCCUAGUUGUCGAUGCUCACUCACUCAUAUGGCCUAACUCAAUGUCAUUAUCUCCAUGUGGCUCUCUAACUGUCACUGCCUACUCUUCAUAGCCACAGCCCUUCUCGUUCUGUCCUUCUAUUACUGUCUCCCUCUUGCUCUCUCUUACUCCUACUAUCUCAAUCAUUCGUUCCCAUUGCACCUUUCUCUUGUCACUGUCAUUAUCUCCCUCUUCUUUCUUGUCAUUGUAACAGCCUCUGUCUCUCAUCCAUGUCCAGUUUCCCCUUCUCUUUAUUCCUCUCCCAAUCGCAGUGUCUCCUUCACUAUUUUCCUAGUACUGUCCUCAUGUGCCAUUGUCACUGUAUUCUUCACUUUCUCUCAUAAUCCUUUGUCUCCUUCGUUUUUUCUGUACCACAAUAAUUGUCUACUGUGUUCAAGUAUUUAUUACUUCUCCGUCUCCUUCCCGCUGUCAGUGUCUCCUUCUCUCUUAGCAUAAAAAGGUGCGAAUACAUUUGCAUGCCAAUAUUUAUGCGAAAAAAUUUAGAGGUGCUGAGAAGGUGGAAUGCGGCAACUGGUACACUACUUUUCAGUCAGAUUCUUUUAAUAAAGAGGAGCUUCACCUUUUUCAUGCUAAGACAGAUGCGUUUUUCCGCUGGUUUCUUUCUGUUCUCUGCCACAGUAGGACAUACCACUCAUAUGAAAAGAACUUGAAGGGCCAAUAAAAUUUUGAUAGUUUACUUCAGUGAAUCUGAAAUAACGAAAACUCAUUUUACGCCUGAGACCAGAUUAGAUGUGCACAUACAUUAUGCAUGUGCUUCAGUAUUAUAGCGUGGAGUUCCCAGAACCCUUCUGAUGAUAACGGAGACACUUGAUAUCAUUUUCACCGUGCUACGCAAUUUUAUAAACUACAUUUUCGCCUCACACAGGAUUUUGCGUUCGUAUUUUACGUACAUAAGUAGGAUAACUUUGAACCUCUGUAUUUCGGGAACGGAUAAAGAUACCUAGAAAAUUUCGAAAGUUGUUCGAUAUCGGAAUCUUAAGAAUGUAUUGCAAGAAGUUCAGAUACUUACUGUGAAUAGCUUCUUGGAAUCUGCAGCUGGAGUUUGGUACCAAAAAAAAACAUGUUUUCAGUAAUUUUUAAGCCUAUAGGUAAUACAGUUUUGACUAAUUGUACUAGCAAAGUUUACGCAAAUGCAUCGUUCAUUCAUUCAUCACGUGUACACUGAUAUAGCCAUCAUCAUUAAUCAUGAAUCAAUGUAUUUAAUGAAUUUCACGCGCGUAUAUUACUCGUGCAACUAACGUAACUUUGAACUUCUAUAUCUUCGAAACGAGUUAACACAUGAGAAAAAGUUUCAAGGUAGUUCGAGAUCGAGAACGUGAGUAUAUACCGUAAAAAAUGGGCCGUUUGCUGUGCAUAUCGGUCUUGGAAUUUGUGGCUCCAAUCCGGUUAAAAACCAUUCUCUUGGGGUUUUCUAAGGCCCACUGUAGACCACAUCAAAUGCAAAAAGAUCCAAUCGAUUUCCUCCGAUUCCCUAACCAGGAGGAAAUAUAUAACAUACAUACUUUAACCCUGUACUAUAGGAUAGUGACACUAAGACGAUCGUUCUGUUGGGUAUACAACACGGUCCCUAACCAAAGGCCUAUACAAAACACUUGACCCUACCUUUUUAUCAUCAACAGAACCCGAGGAAUGAGCACCAGAAUAUCCCAUUUUAAUAAGUGGCGUUUCGAAACAUAAUGGUAAGCAUGCUGUCGCAUGCAUAGCGGUUACUGUUCUGUUAACUUACGUUCUCUAUAUGUGUGUAACACUUGUACGUUCACGUUGUUGGUGUACGUUGUACUUCCACCAGCCUUCAACCUAAGAGGACUUACUGAAUGAUAAGUCUGUCUUUUCCUCGUGUUUCCAUCCGUAUACAGUGAAAUUCAACAAGUGGAUCCGUUAAGUAGUAUCGUGUACGACCACUGUGUUUUAGUACAGGAGAGUCAAAGUCAGUUUUGUGCUACUUUUUUAGUAACAUCAUGUUUACGUGAAUGGUACACUGUGACUCGUUUUAGAAACGGAUUUUGAAGAGGAGAAGUGGAUUCUCAAAUAGAACAUAUAGUAUAAUAUUCAGAAAAGAUGUAUCGUUGUUUACAUCCUGCUAAUGAAGAAAUUUAUAGCAAAGGCAGUCACGUUGAUUAAUGUCCUUAUAAUAGUACAUAACCUUUGUUUGACACAUGUUUUAUUUAUUUAUUUUUUUUGAACAAAAAGUUAUUAGCGGCUGAACAUAAAAGACACACUCUGUUCAGGCACCCCUAAUAUUUCAUAAGAGGGUCAAGACCAUAAUACGAUUUUUCAAGCCAACAUUAAUUAUUACCUUGUAUGGUUCAGGCUGGAAACUUAUUUAUCUGUCGAGAUGUUGAAGCAACUAUAAUUUCUCUUAAUGUGAUGUAUACCUAAUGUGUUCUAAUCUAAUCUGAUAUCUUAUGGGAUGAGGGACAAGGUGGUGUAACGACUGUCAGAACUUGGAAUGAAAUAUUUUGCAAAAACAGUCGUCUACUGCGGUAAAUGUGAAAUUGAAGAUUUCGAAACUGCACAUUUUCACAUACAUUAGUUUGCAAAUACUUCCGAACAGAGCUGAAAUUUGGCUGAAAUGACUGACUUCAUUUUCAAAGCUGGCAUAUUUCACAUCAAAUUUAAUAAUAGUUUACUGCUAACACACACGCCAUAUCGCUGUUUUUUUCUUUCGGCGAACUGUCGGAUCAAGUUUAAUAGUAUCCAGAAUGAGAUUUGCAAUCUGCAUCGGAGUGUACGCUGAUGCUACACUUCCUGGAAGAUCAAAAUACUGUGCCGGGCCGAGUUCGGGUCUCGGUCCAGCACAUAUGCCAGAAUGUUUCACGUUAAAUAGUAAAUCGCAUUUUUAAACUGCCCACUACGAUAUGUUGCUAGAUAACAAAAGAUAUGAAUAUUAGCCGUGAAACAAAGUAAUCGUCUCUUUGCCAGCAGUUCUGUAUUUGGAAUCUAAUUUCGAUAUAUUGGACCAUUUAUGAAAUAUUAAGCUUCUCUCUGUUGUAUGGAGGAGCUCGUUUCAAGAAACUUUGCUCUUGAUAUUAUACGACCGUAUUUGUUUUCAUUCGCUCGACGAAUAUUAUGUGGCUACAUCAGAUAUAGAAAUGAUCAAGUGUUCGGUAUUUCUGCACAAAUCGAUGAUUUGAGACCUCUGCUGUUCGGUUCAGUGUCAAGACUGUUACCUCGAUAAGAAUCCAUGUUUUCUCUUCAGAGCCCUUUUUUUUCUUUUAAUCGAAGAACGAUAGCUCAUAAUACGAAUUUCUUCAUGAGACGCAAACAGUGAAGGGUAAUGUAUUCCAUGUAGCUCUCCUCAUUUGACAAAAACAGUAUAUCUGAUACAUGGUAUACAUUAAACCACAUAGCUUAAUAGAGGGUGUGCUGAUGUGAAAUGUAAAAUCAUAAUGGAAAUUGCAUAAAGAAAUGUGUUCUAUGAAUUUUUACCUUGCUCUUCUGCAGUAUCCUUUCCGUUCAACUUUUGAACAACAAUUUUUAAAAAGAACACAUGUAAUUUUGUAUGAAGGAUAACUAUUGUAUUUUUGCAGCUCGUAACAGCAGAAAGUGUAAUUGCAAAACAGUAAAAAAAAAUUUUCAUUAAUUACUCAGUUGUUUUACCCAUUUCUAUCUCUCUUUAACAAUAUCAUCACUAAAAAAUUAUCAUUGCAGUAAAUCUUAUGAUUAUGAUAAACAUAUUUAUGAAACAGAGGAUUUCCUUACGUAAGGCCUACUAUAAACCAAAUAUUGCAAAAAUUGUUCACAAAAUUGGGCAAUCAUAUGAAUGAGGUUUGACGCUACGUUGUUACGCUCUCAGUGUUCUGCUUUAUAUUUGACAGUAAAUGCAUGAAAUAAAU